UAUAGAAUACAAGAAUACUUGGCAGUUGGUUUUUAUCUUCCAAAUCUUAGUCUCUCUAAGGCUGUCCCUUCUUUUUGCUCUUACAUGUCUGACUGGAUUUCUUGCUCCUCCUUUCAUGGCUAGUUUGCUGAGGUGAAAUGAAAGAGGCCAGGAUUGUCAUUUCUUGCAAUAGUAAUAUUCCAUAAUUUUGUCCUGUCUUGUUAAGAUUACAAGUGCUGUCUUUUUCUAUCAUUGAAACAGAGGUCUGUUUUAACUCUGGAUGGACAGGUUUUUUUAGUCUAUAGAGUCUUCUAAUUCAUCACCAAAUACCUUAAGACUCAAAAUUGCUUUCUGGGUUCCACUUCUUUCUUUCAAAGUUUUUGACUUGAUCCCUCCUUUUAAUCUCUAAACUCAAAACAAAAGUACCCCAUUUGAGUUUAAUUUGGUUCUGUGUUAUUACAAGUUGUUUUGUUUCUAUGUUCUUCGAUGGGGUACGUUUAGUUCCGACAACUUUUUUGCCAAGUUGACAGCAGUUUUGUCUGUUAAAAGACAGUUCCUUUUACAAACCACCUUGUUGGGUUUGCUUGCUUUUCAUUUUUUCUUUCUUUCUUCAUUGUUCUCAAAUUAUAGGAAUUCAAUGAUUGAAAGAUUCAAGUUUUAGAUCCAUGCUUUUGAAUUGGAGUCAUGAAAUGGGCAAAUUCUUUUGUAGUUUGAUUGACGACCAAGAAUUUUUUUUGUUCAUGAGGCUCUUGUUUUGCAAGAUCCAUUGUCCUUUCAUUUGCUUCUGCAAGCCCUCUCCUAGAAUAUACGGACCAGCACCACUGAAAUUGGAAAACAGCCCUCAUGUUCCUUCAACUGCAGUUAUAUCAGUUGUUGAUGCCUCCUGUGAUGAUGAUCAUGUGCUCAAUGAUUCCGUUGAGGUGAAAGAAGGGAGUGUAGGUGUUGAUGGGAAACAAUCACAGGCUCAGAAUGAUGAUCAUGUGCUCAAUGAUUCCGUUGAGGUGAAAAAAGGGAGUGUAGGUGUUGAUGGGAAACAAUCACAGGCUCAGAAUGGCCUCAGAAGUAGUCUUAAAAAGGCAGAUUUUGAUUCGAAAGAGGUUGAUAAGAAGAAAGUGCGGUGGAUGGAUUUCUUAGGGAAGGAACUUGUUGAGAUCAGAGAAUUUGAGUCCAGCGAAACAGAAGAUAGUGACAGUGAAGAUCAGAGCAAUAGAGGCUGUGUUUGUACAAUUCUUUGACAUCUAUUUAACAACAUGCUUCUUGUUCAAGCUUCUGUAGUGACUCCAACAAUCAAAGAUGAAAAGAAUUUGUGGCUCCCCUCGGAGAAUCUGCAGUGGAGUUAGAUCAGGUUCCCAUUUAUUCAAUUCCGCUGAAUCAACUCUCAAAUCAAAAGAUAUCCAAGAGAGACGUCAGUAUAUACUUUAUAUGAAAUGGGAAAAUAUUGUCUCUCUUUCAAUUCUUUUACAAUGUAAUGGCUCAUUCAUUUAGCAAUUAUGAAAUUACAUACAAGUUCACAAUCUAACUCCUGUUAAGUCACUUUUUACGAGAUUGGACCCUUAUCAUCAUGCUAGAUUCAUGAUUCCCUCAAUGGCUGUCAUAAAACUAUUAAUAGUAUUGUAGCAUGUUUCUGCAUGAUAUACGCUACUUCCUUCUCCAGAAAAUUACGGGAGUGUGGUUAGAGUGGGUCAA